AUGUCCCGAGACGAAAAAAUGAAACCUGAAGUCGGACCUGACGGGUUGGAUCGAGUGCCUACCGUGGAGGAGGGUCACGCACAGGCACGCCGGUUUUCUCUCGAAGACGCCGUGUUUGGCAUCAUCACCGACGAGGGUCCCAAUUAUCGUAAUGUCGGCUGGCUUGGGACAGUCGCUCUCAUGAUGAAGACGCAGAUCGGCCUCGGUGUCUUGUCAAUACCCGCCGUUUUUGACGUGCUGGGUUUAAUCCCAGGAGUCAUCUGUCUGCUCGUGAUCGCCGGCAUCACGACCUGGUCAGACUACAUGGUCGGCAUGUUCAAGCUCAGGCAUCGCGAGAUCUACAGUAUCGACGAUGCCGGCGCCCUGAUGUUUGGACAAAUCGGGAGAUACAUCCUGGGUGCCGCAUUUGUUCUUUAUUGGGUCUUCGUUGCUGGUUCGGGCAUGCUGGGCAUCUCAAUAGGUCUCAAUGCCGUCUCGACUCACGGUGCAUGCACGGCCGUCUUUGUCGCCGUUGCAGCCAUCGCAGGCUGCGGGCUGGGCAGUAUUCAGACGCUGGGUCGCAUCUCCUGGCUUGCAUGGCUUGGGCUGACAUGUAUUCUCACCGCAAUCAUCACCCUCACGGUUGCCGUGGGUGUACAAAACCGUCCGAGCGCGGCACCACAGCAAGGAGCCUGGUCUUCGGACUAUAAACUCUUCAACAACCCAUCCUUCUCCGACGCCAGCGCUGCACUAUCCUCACUCGUAUUUGCGUAUGCAGGCACACCGGGGUUUUUCGCUAUUGUAGCGGAGAUGAGAGAUCCACGUCAUUACACACGGUCGCUCCUGGUCUGCCAAUCGGGGGUGACCGCAAUCUACGUUACCGUUGGCUGCGUGGUCUACUACUAUUGCGGGUCGUACGUGGCCUCUCCCGCCCUGGGUUCCGCCGGGCAUCUCAUGAAGAAGAUUUGCUAUGGCUUCGCCCUACCAGGCCUGUUGGUGACGACCACGCUUGUCAUCCAUGUUGCAAGCAAGUACCUCUUUGUGCACAUCUUGCGUGGGUCAAAACACCUUGCCAGUCCGACUUUGGUCCACUGGGCCACUUGGUUCGGCUGCACUAUAAGCAUCGCUGUCGUUGCUUUCAUCAUUGCCAGUUCGAUCCCUGUCUUUGGUAGCCUUGUCUCACUAAUCGGUGCCCUCCUCGGUACGCUCCUGUCUUUCCAGCCGAUGGGUUGCAUGUGGCUGUAUGACAAUUGGAAGAAAGGGAAGACGGAGCGAUCUGUAAGAUGGAUCUUGAUGGUCUGCUACAGUGUAUUUGUCGUCGUGAUCGGUUCUUUCCUGAUGAUUGUUGGCACCUACGGGUCGGUCGUCGGCAUCAUCAACUCUUACAACCAGUCAGGGGGGUCUGCUGCUUUUUCAUGUGCCGACAACUCCGACUCUGUCUGA